CCCGGAUGGAUGACUUCACUGUUCCGCGCGGGUUUCCUUUAUGAUCGCGGGAUCUCCCGUAUAUUACAGCAGACUUCACCUGACCGCUGAUGUAGUCGUACACUCAGCCGCUCUCUCCCUCUUUCACGACGCACCGAGAACUCCAGUCCUGAACGCGCUUGGAAGUUGGCUGACUUUUGGAUAUCCAUCACCACCGUGGAAAAAAGUUGAGUGCCCGUCCUUCAUUACAGUCAUGUCCGAGGUUCUGCCCUACGGCGAGGGGAAAAUGAGCGGAUACGGAGCGGACAACGAUGUCAGUCAAAUGUCCUUCAGCUGUGGGCUGCAGGACACCAACGCGUUCUUCGGAGCAUCGCAGGCGAAAAGACCCCCAAAACUUGGACAGAUCGGCAGAGCGAAGAGAGUGGUCAUCGAGGACGACCGAAUAGACGAGGUGCUGAAAGGCAUGACCGACAAAUCGUCACCGGGCGUUUAAACACGAGCGAUGCCUUGCAGACAUUCCGAUUUUUUGCAGUCACCGAUUUGAAGCACUUGUCGGUUGUGCAUGUGAAGAAGAUUGUAAAGAGAUGGAGGGAUGAUGAUGGCACGACGCGCGAACUAAGAGGAGACUUCACAAAAGGGGAAAAAAGCGAAUUAAAGAAUGGAGAGAUGAGAGAGAUUUAUUUUUUGGUGGUUUGCUGGCAAUCCUCCACAAAACGACCCCCGAAUGAAAGCUUUGAGGAAGGCGUUGAGGCUGCGCUCUCUGCGGCUCUGCUCAUGUGAAUAGAAAUGGCUGGACUUGUCAUUGUUAUUCCACAACAAUCAUCUUCCAAAAGUUCAACGAAUGACUGAAUCGCAUCUCAAGCUCUGUUAUUAUUGCUGUACAGUAUCUUAGCUCAGAGACCUUCCCCUGAACACACACACACACACACACACACACACACACACACACACACACACACACACACACACACACACACACACACACACACACACAAUCAACCGGCAGAGGCACCUUCAUGGAUUUGCCUUGAGCGUUGACUUCAAUCCGACUGCUGCUUUUAGAGACAUUGUAGACACACAAAGACACUGAACACCCAUAAAGAUAAAUGAACUUCUAUAGUCUUCGUAUACUCAUACGCGGAUGGUGCAUUGUGAAUAUUUUCUUUCACUCUUUUGCAUCAUGUUCUUUUUCCAAAACAACUAAAAAAAGAUGAGUAUUUAUUACCAUACACAUAACCACAGUUGUUGAAGCGUAGUCUUUGCGUUGUUUGGUGAUCUAUUGUUUUGCGCAUCACCGCAUCUGUGCCACGGAUUCACAUCAUCAUUACAGCACAAAGGAAAAGUGUGCAUUAUGCCCUCAUGUAAUUGGCCCAACAUGAACACGUCUUUCUUAGUUUUAUAUUUUGACUUUUUUCUUUUCUUUUCAUCACCUCCUCACCUUUUUUUCCAUUGUGUCCAUCUCUUUGCAUGAACUUUUACUCCGGUGCCAACAGAGGUGCCACCACGAAUCUUAACCUGGCACACUUAUUUUAAUUUUUAAAAGUCAUAUUUGUAUUUUUAUAUCUAAAUAUUUAUUUAAAUGAUAUGUUAGUAUGUCGUCUUAAAAUUCAAGAAAUUCUUUUGGCAGAGACGAGAGGAUAAUUCAGUUUGGUUUACAAAAAAAAAAAAAAAAAAGAAGAAAAAAUAAAUAAAAGGGAGACUUACCGAAUGAUUGUUACUCGGGGUUUUUGCACACAUCCGUGUUGAUCUACUGUUAUGUGGAAAUCGUAAACUGUGACCUGAGCUUCGUUGAUGAAUCUGUUAGAAAAUGGCUAUAUUAGAAAUCUACUGCACUGUUUACGAAUUUCUUCAAAUAACACGUUUUUGGACAUUUUUCUGUUUGAUUUUUGUUUGUUUUUUUUUUUGUACCAUUAUUCUAAAGAAACUGACUAUGGUUUAUUGUGCAUGAAACCUUAAUACUUUUCAAUAAUGGUACCUCGUUUUAUUAAGCAAAUAAGCAACAAAAAAUGUCAUGACAUUCUAAGAAUGAAUCAUUGCAUAUUAAAAUACCAUUUUCACUGUAUUUGGUGAAUUAAUAAAUGGUGGAAGA